AACGCUAACCACAGUCAGAAGAGAAACAAGAGUAGAAAACGAUCUAGGAUAUACUUCCCCUUUAAAGGGAAGAAGGACUUCUCUUGGAGGACUCCCGUCGUUCACGCAUAUUUUCAAAUUUCCAACUUCCAUCAGCUCAGGAAAGGCGAUUUACAGGGGCGGGAGACUGCACGGAAGUGGUGGAGGUGAUCGAACAACAGUGAAGCGAUCUCUAUGGCGGUCGGUAGGGGGGAAUCCGAGAUCUUCAAGUCGCGCACCGACAAGCGGGAGUACCGCAGGAUCAUCCUCCCAAACUCACUCGAGGUCCUUCUAAUAAGUGAUCCGGACACUGAUAAAUCUGCGGCUUCCAUGAAUGUCUCCGUCGGCUCUUUCAGCGACCCCGAAGGACUCGAAGGCCUUGCUCACUAUCUCGAACAUAUGUUGUUCUAUGCCAGUGAGAAAUAUCCGGUCGAAGAAAGCUACUCAAAGUAUAUAACAGAGCAUGGUGGCUCUACUAACGCUUUCACAUCUGAGGAGCAGACAAAUUUCUACUUUGAUAUUAAUACAGAUUACCUGGAAGAGGGUCUGGACAGGUUUGCACAAUUCUUUAUCAAGCCGUUGAUGUCUCCUGAUGCUACUAUUAGGGAAAUAAAAGCUGUGGACUCUGAGAAUCAGAAAAAUCUAUUAUCAGAUGUUUGGCGGAUGAAUCAGCUUCAAAAGCAUCUGAGUUCAAAGAAUCAUCCAUAUCAUAAAUUCAGUACAGGAAAUUGGGAAACUUUGGAGGUUAAACCAAAAGAAAAGGGCCUCGAUACAAGGCUGGAGUUGAUUAGACUUUAUGAAGAAAAAUAUUCAGCGAACAUCAUGCAUCUUGUUGUAUAUGCGAAAGAGAGUCUUGAUGAAAUUAAUACUUUAGUCGAAAGAAAGUUUCAGGACAUCAGAAACAUUGGAUUAAACCACUUGCACUUUCCUGGUGAACCUUGCUCAUCUGAAUAUCUUCAGAUCCUUGUCAAAACAGUUCCAAUAAAAGAAGGCCACACAUUGAGAAUUAUAUGGCCAAUUUCUCCUGGCAUACGGCAUUACAAAGAAGGCCCUUCAAGAUAUCUCAGUCACCUUAUUGGGCAUGAAGGAGAGGGGUCUUUGUUUUAUACUUUAAAAAAAAUGGGUUGGGCUAUGAGUUUGAGUGCUGGUGAAAUGGAAUGGAGUUUUGACUAUUCUUUCUUCUCUAUUAUCAUUGAACUCACUGAUGCUGGGCAUGAGCAUCAUGAAGAUGUCAUUGGAUUACUGUUCAACUUUAUUAACCUCUUACAAGAAUCUGGAGUUGCCAAAUGGAUUUUUGAUGAGCUUGUGGCAAUUUGUGAAAUGGGAUUUCAUUAUCAGGACAAAAUUCCUCCUAUCCAUUACGCUAUGAGCAUUGCCUCAAAUAUGGAAUUGUACCCUCCUGAAGAUUGGCUUGUACAGUCGUCGCUGCCUUCCAAAUUUAAUCCAAGCACCAUUCAAACAAUGUUGAAUGAGCUGAGUCCAAAGAGGGUCAGAAUAUUCUGGGAAUCCAGAUCGUUUGAAGGGUGUACCGAUUCAGUUGAGCCAUGGUACGGAACUAAUUAUUCUGUUCAGAAGUUACCUCCUUCCACCAUUCAGCAAUGGAUGGAGAACGCUCCUCAAGAAAAUUUGCAUCUUCCAAUUCCCAACAUUUUCAUUGCAACUGAUCUGACAAUAAAGCAAAUUUCAGAUAAAGUUCGAUGUCCAUGUCUCAUAAGGAAAUCACCAUUCUCAAGAUUAUGGUACAAACCUGAUACUAUGUUUUUUACUCCUAAAGCUCAUGUCAAAAUAGAUUUCAAUUGCCCAUUGUCAAACCAGUCGCCUGAAGCUUCAGUCCUUACUGAUAUUUUUACCCGAUUGUUGAUCGAUUAUUUGAAUGAAUAUGCCUAUUAUGCCCAGGUGGCUGGUCUUUAUUACACGAUUCAAAGCACUGAUUGUGGAUUUCAGGUUACUGUAGCUGGUUAUAAUCACAAGAUGCAAAGUCUUUUAGGAACUGUUGUUGAUAAAAUCAAGAACUUGGAGGUGAAGGAAGACCGCUUUUCUGUUAUCAAGGAAACAGUGAAAAAGGGUUAUGAUAAUUUUAGGUUUCGACAACCCUAUGAACAAGCUAUGUAUAACUGCUCAUUGAUACUAGAUGAGGAUGCCUGGCCAUGGAAUGAAAAACUUGAAGUCCUGCCUCAUCUCGAAGUAGAGCAUCUUUCAAUUUUCUCCAGGGAUUUGCUCUCGAGAACCUUUUUGGAGUGUUUUGUUGCAGGAAAUAUUGAGCCGUUUAAUGCAGAAAUCAUGAUCCAACGUAUCGAAGCUGUUCUAUUUCAGGAUCCUCAACCUAUAUGCAAACCCUUAUUUCCAUCACAGCAUUUGAAAAGUAGAAUUGUUAAGCUUGAAAGGGGUAUCAAGUAUUCUUUCUCAAUAGGCUGUUUAAAUCCUAGCGAUGAGAAUUCUGCUCUCUUAUAUUAUAUUCAGGUGCAUCGAGACGACAUAAAGUUAAACGUCGUGCUGGAAUUGUUUGCUCUUAUUGCCAAGCAACCAACAUUCCAUCAGCUUCGAUCGGUCGAACAACUUGGCUACAUAACUGUGCUCAUGCAAAGGAAUGAUUCAGGGGUCCGCGGACUUCAGUUUAUCAUCCAGUCUACUGUGAAGGACCCUGCACAGCUUGAUGUUAGAGUCGAAACUUUUCUUAAAAUGUUUGAAAGCGAACUUGACAAAUUGACUAGCAGUGAUUUUAAGAGUAAUGUUAACGCGCUCAUUGCAAUGAAGCUCGAGAAACAUAAGAAUCUGCGAGAGGAAUCUUCAUUCUAUUGGAGAGAGAUUGCCAUCGGUACCCUCAGAUUCGACAGAAUAGAGGCUGAGGUAGCCGCAUUGAGGGAUCUGACCAAGGAACAAUUGCUUGAUUUUUUUAAUUCCUUUGUCAAAGUUGAUGCACCCAAAAGAAAAACGCUCAGCAUACAAAUCUAUGGAGGUUUACAUUCUGCUGAGCACAAAUUGGCUAUCACUGAGGCAGAUCAAACCAACACCUUCAGAAUAAAGGAUGUGUGCAGUUUCAGAAGGUCCAGGCCUCUCUAUGCCUCCUUUAGGGGCGGCCAUGGCCUCAUGAAACUGUAGCUUUCUUGGUGCAGCGUAAAAGUUAACACAAAACUGCUGCAUUUUUCAAUAUUUACAUCCAACUUAGCCAAAAUAUAUAUAUUUUAGCACUGAUUUAUUGUCAUUUCCUUUAUGCUGAAGUUAUUAUCACUUGUCAGCAUUCUGUUUGUGUGUUGAAUGUCACAGUUGUUGCAGUUAGUGAGCAUGGUCUUUGGA